ACGAGCUUAGUUUACUUUCAGUUGGUGAAUAAAGUACCUUCAGGCGAAACCCUCCAACCUACUUAUCAAGGUAACAUUGGAAAACGAUGGUUUACGCUGGCUGACUAGUGCUGUGGAGUUAAACAUUCAUACAUCUUGCCUGCAGUCUUGGCUUGUAACGUGAGUGCAUGCCACCGUAUUAUUUGGCGUGGAUGAAGUUUGAAAGAAGAGCAAAUAUUUUAAAUAUUCAAUCGUUUCAGUGGCAGAAAUCGGGAAAAUGUGAGCAGUGAGCCAAGGGUACGCGAAAUACCCUUGUGCAGUUACUUAAGUCAUCCCAAAGUGAUGAUGGGUUCUACCCAUAAGGGCACACGCUCCAAAAAAUGUUCAUCUCGCAGAACGAUUCGUCGUGGUGUUGGUGUUUUUGUGACAGCAAAAAAUGUCUCAUUUCCUUGUGAAUUGCUCCUGAAUGUUGGUUUCGACAAAGUGUUUGUGAUAUUAUGUUUAACGUUGUCAGCCUUGCCGUCGGUCCGCCUGGACCAAAACGGGUGUGAGUCAAUUUCACCCCCAUGCCCACUCAACGCUCGACUGAUUGCGAGUCUAGUCAACACUCCGGGUUAUAAAAUCCAGUGCGAUGAAGGAUUUCUCGAGUUUGGAGAUCCCGAGGUCAUUUGUACCAAGGGAAAGUGGAAGUCUUCUGGAUAUUGUGCUACGAAUGUAGCUGCCAAUCGUCCAACGAAUCAAUCUUCCACUGUGUCAACUCCUGCCGCAGCGUCAAAUCCAUCCAGUGGAAAACAAAUGUCCCAUUUCGCCAAUGAUGGAUCCAUCAGUACUUGUAGUCAAACAUUAAAAGAGCUAAACCCUUUUUGGAAAAUCGACCUUUUACAAAACCAUCAUGUUACUGGGAUUAGGAUAUCUGUGGGAAACGCUGCAGUCUCCACGUCUCAGUCUGUAGAUUUAGAAGUCAGAGUCGGAAAUAACCCAUUGGGGGUAAAAAAUCCUUUAUGCGUCUGGCAACCUGCCUCGGAAUUUCUGCCGGAUGAGAAAAAGUUAUUCGCGUGUGCCAGACCAAUUCAGGGUCGUCAUCUAUCUAUCCAAAUUAUUGGAAGUGAAAGUGUUCUGAAGUUAUGUGAAGUCGAAGUAUUUGCAACUGAUGGCAUUCCAAGUCAGAGAUGUUCUCCUGAAACCACUGUCGCUGAAGAUAUUGUGAGCUUUAACGGUUCUUGUUUCGAGUUUGCAACAAAAAGUGGCCAGACAUUCAGUGGGGCUCGUUCACAGUGCGUAGCUCGCAAAGGUGACCUGUUGACUGAAAAUCAUCUCAAACCAAAUUCGCCAAAUCAGUAUCUAGUUACUACAACAUUAGACGUGCUAAAACCAGGGUUGAAGCGUCCAUUGAUAUGGAUUGGCGUUGAAAGAGAUCCAGGAUUUACUUCUCGAACCUGGCGUUGGAUUGACUCUGGACUUUUGGUUAAAAAGCCAAACUGGGGGAAAGAACAGCCAAACAAUUAUAACGGGGAGCAAAAUUGUGCAGUACUGGAUGGCGGUAGAGAUUGGACCUGGAAUGAUGUUGGAUGCGGUCUCGACUUAUUUCACUGGAUUUGCGUCUUUCCACCAAAGCGAUGUGGCAGUCCCGACUAUCAAGAAGGAACUGAACUGGUCGUUGCAAAAGAUGAUUAUUUAGUUGGAUCGACUUUGAUGUACAGAUGCAGCAAACCGGGAUACUUUCUAGAAAGUGGAGAUUCCACCAGAAUUUGUCAACAGAAUGGUUUAUGGAAUGGAACCUGUCCUUCAUGCAAAUUCGUGGAUUGUGGUGACGAACCUUUAAAAAACAAAAUUGAGAAUGGCGAGAUAAUUCUUCCAGGAAAUAACUCUACGUACUAUGGAGCAAAAAUAAUGUACAAGUGCAUAACGGGAUUCACCUUUUCCGAAGGUCAGGAGACGCGAACUUGUACUCGCGAAGGAAAAUGGUCUGGUGCAGAACCUAAAUGUUUAAAUUCAAUUUGUCCUGAUCCACCGGAAAUUGUCAACGGCACGUUUAAGGCAUCCGGGAAGACUGCAGGCAGUUCGGUCACAUAUUCUUGCAAUGCAGCCCAUAUCUUAAUCGGGUCUUCCGUAUUACGAUGCCAACUUGGAGGAAAGUACGAUAACUCCCCUCCAAUGUGCAAAUUUAUCACUUGUGGGGAUUUGCCAAAUUUAUCCAAUGGGACAUUCAAUUUAAUGAAUAAUUCCGAGGGUGCGCCUACCCCCAUUUUGGGCUCAGUCGCAGUAGCAUCGUGUGAUCUCAAUUUUGAACUCAGUGAUGAAUCAAGCAACAGAAUCGUAUGCAGCGAACGUGGGCACUGGGAGAUGAUGGGCAACUUUGGAAGCAGGACUCCAAUUUGGACUACGCUCAUCAAAUGCCAAUUGAUCGUCUGUGACGAGCCAGAAGUACCAAACGGUUCAUUCGUCACAGGGUAUGACUUUUCGGUAGGAUCAGAAAUCCAGUACCAUUGUGAAGAGGGACAUGUGAUGGUCGGUGGGACAGAAAUUCGUAGAUGCACAUUAAUGGGAACCUGGAGCGGGCUUGCUCCCCAAUGUCGAUUUAUCGACUGUGGUCGUUCUCAGACAAUACCAUUUGGUCAAGCCGUUUAUCCUUCUGGGAAAACAUACCUAGAUUCGACGGUUCAGUAUUCAUGUGCCCCCAACUACAGACUUAGCGGACCAGGGACAAGGACAUGUACCGCAAAUGGAGGUUGGAGCGGUUCCACUCCAUCCUGCUUAGAAGUUAGAUGUAGUUUUCCCCAUUUGCCUCCAUCCUCUGUCGCAACAGUGGCCAAAAAUGACCGUUUCAACACACAGUCUUUGCUCACCGCGGAAUCUGCGUCUCAACAAAAUCUAAACACCACCUUUCGAAUUGGAACUAUUUUGAAACUACGAUGCGAACGUGGUUACGUACUCGAGGGGGAUAAGAUGCAAACCUGUAACGGCGGAGGUGUGUGGUCUACAAGUGACAAAACAAUGUGCAAAUUUGUCGACUGUGGUGAUCUUCCAGAGAUUGCCAAUGGAAAGAAAAGUUGUACUAGUAACACGACGGUUUUUGGCAGUGCUGUGAUUUACGAGUGUCUCAACGGUUACACGUUGAUAGGGAAUUCCAGACGAUUAUGCCUUGAGAAUUCAACGUGGUCAGGAUCAGAACCAUAUUGCCGAGAAAUCACGUGUGAAGCUGUGGAAAGUACCAAUGCCACCGUGGACUACACAAAUUUUCAAGUUGGGGGUCUAGCCAAGUAUUCAUGUGGAAAAGGAAAAUUUUUGCUAGGUGACGCCACCAGGCAAUGCAGUGAUCGAGGGAAAUGGUCCGGUCAAUCUCCAACGUGUCAAUACGUCAAAUGUUCCCCUCCGCCAGCUGCCACAAACGCUCGACAGUUUCUUGUAAAUGUUUCAACGGUGUAUUCCGCCAUGGUGGAGUAUCACUGUAUACCCGGCUACUCAAUUUCACCAGGACAAGCUUCUAUACUCACUUGUUCGGAAUUUGGGAAAUGGGACCCCCCUUCGCCACCCACUUGCCUUAAUCAUGAAGAAUUUACGGCUGUCUCAAAACAGCAAAACGAAAAUGCAUCCAGCGAUUCUUCCUCUUCCGUCGUUGGAGUAAUUGUUGGACUUGCCAUUGGAUUUGUCAUCGUUACUGGCGUCUUGUUCUUCCUUCUUUGGCAUAUUCGCCAGCGUCGUAAUGAGAAAAAUACGAAUGAUAUUCGACGUUCGGAACCUACGAAGGGUGAACCGAUGGUGGUAUUCCCAACUCCAACAUCAAGUUCUUUGACUUCGACAUCCUCCAGUUUUAUGGGUCAACCUCAGCAACAUUACUACGACAAUCCUACUGUAGAACCAAUGGAUCCAAUUUAUGAAAAUUUAGAUGACUACGGUGUAACAAGUUCCUCAUCUGAUAUUGUGACAAUAAAUGGAGUGUCUGUGUCGUGAUCCGAACAAUAAUACUGGCGUGUCAAAAAGGUGGGUGGUGUGAAACCACUGGAUUGUUGAGAAAAAUGUGAUAUAAUUGUUUGUAGUGUGUGUGUGACGUGUGAAUUUGAAUGUUUUUACUUAUUUACUGUUUUAUUUUGGUUGUAAUGAUUGCGAACGAAGUUUAAUACAAAUAAAAACCGAAAGUGUGCAUUCUGUAAUAAAAAUGAAAUUGUAACUAA